AUGGACGCGAGCGACCGAGGUCUCUGCGCACUGUGGCCAGCGAAGAAGGAAUAUGUGCAAGUGGAAUUUGAUCAAGAGGAACUCCAACGAAUUGCUGAGUUUCAUGCUGCGGGCCCAGAUGAUUUCAGCAUCAUCAUCCGCGAGCUGAUGAGUGCCGCCUUUGCGUCAAUUGUCUGGGCCAAAGAGUGGUCUCAGUCAAGUGAUGAUGACCCAUCACAUGUCCGCUAUUGGAUUGACAAUUCUUCAGCGGUCUGCUGGGCAAACCGGCGGUCGAGCCGGAUUUCAUUCGCUCAAGUAGUGCUGCGAUUGCUCGCCCUCUUCGAAGUGCAACAUAAUUUUUACUCUUCUGCCCAGCACAUCGCGGGUAGUGACAAUAUCAUGGCCGAUGCAGGAAGCAGGGUGUGGCAAUCUGUGGAGCUCUCGAAGAAAUUUUCUGACAUGUCGUCUCUGGGAGCAAUGCUCCGAGCUGGCGCUCUAGCGGACACGUCUCGAGUGCAAUACCGGCGAGCUUGGAAUCAGUGGCAACGAUGGUGCUCUUCUCUCGGCUUUAAUCCGUGGAUGGAUCGAGACACUGUCGAUGCUAAUGCUGCUCAGUUGGGAGCGUUCGCAGUAUUUCUCUGUCGGUAUGGCAUGAACAGAUCCGGAAAGGGAAACACCUACUCUACGAUUUGCAAUAAGCUGUGUGCUGUGAGAUGGUUUCACAAGCAUACAGCAGGGUACGACCCCGGUGUGAAUGCAGGACAUGCUAUUCUGCUUCGUGGAAUUCGAAGAUUUACAGACCCCGUUGUCAAGCAACAACCGCUUUCCCCCGCUCUUCUUCGUCUCGUCUAUCAGGAUUUGGACUUACGACGUUCACGGGAUCAAUUAUUGUGGGGUGGUUUGUUGCUCGGUUUCUUUUUUUUAUUACGGCGCUCCGAAUACCUAUUUAUCGGGCGGAGACACCACAACUACGUCCUGCGACUGGGAGAUAUCCUCUUUCAAGACGGAGCAGGAAAUCGUGCUAAACCACACCGAGCGGAAGUGGUGGGUAUCCGGUUGCUGGGAGCCAAAAACAACCAAUUCGGGCGC